UUACAAACCAUCAUAUUUGAAUUUGCGGAUGAUCUAGAGCUGGUGCUUAAAAUCAGAAUUCAGAGCCCCAAAGAAAAUGACUUUAUUGAAAUUGAACUGAAAGACAGAAGCUAUCAAAACCUGCUAAAAGUGAGUUGCUGUGAAUUGGGGAUUUACCCAGGCCAAGCAGAGAAGAUCAGAAAGCUACCAAACACACUGCUUAGAAAGGUAGGGUUUCCAUUUUUAAGCGAGGCUGGACUCUUAGUGGGUAAAAUUUUUACGUGGAACCAAUCAUUCAACAUUUUAAUUUCUAAUAUGAAAAUAAAUUCAAGUCACUGGAAAUUCUGGCUGGGGGACAUCAUCAGCAUAAGCAAACAAAACCUGCAACAGGGACAAAAUAAAUGGAUGGACAUUCUAAGACUACAGAACUUUCAGGAAACAGAACUCAUUUUAACGAAAAAUGGAAACUCUGAAUGGACAGAACACACACCAUCUCUGACAGAGAAACCCUGCUACAACAGCAAUGCUGCAAAAAUGAUUUAUUGAAAAAAACCCAGACAUGAGAAACUGCAGUUAACACUUUGUAAAUACCAAAGCCUGAAUUCAGGUAUGGGUUUUGCUGACUUCACUGUGUGAACUUUGGCAAAUUACUUCAUCUCCAACUUCUCUGGGCUGGAAGAAGAGUAAGUUCAGUGUGUUUUGACAAAUAAGAUAAAGGUAUUAAAAAACUUCAAGGUAUGAUACUUCCCAAUACAAGUUUACUUUGUAGAGCUGUACCCCAAUCCUGACCAGGCAGAGGCAUGCCUGACUGAGAUUGUCAGGACAAACGGCCAGUCUCCUCACCCCUGAAGGCCAGGGUGAGCUGAUGGAGCUGGGAAUGCCAGGACCAACUUGGCA